AUGUUUGAUAAAGUAGUUCAGCUCUCAUACCAGCACGAUGUCUUUAUCGGGAAGAUUGAUGAAUUCCUUAUGGAAUGUGAACCUUUCUCUUUCUCUUCACGCUCUAAUAAGUCGGAUUCCGCAAAACGACGUGAGUACGAUCACUGGCUUCGUGAGCAAAAUUAUCGUAAAAACAAGGGCACAAUCGCUGAGAGAAUAGAGAUUAGUGAAGACGACACCGAGCCUAUAGUGGAGCCCUGCCGUUGCGGCGACAACUAUGAGAUCUCGUUAGAGGAGUUAGAUAUGCUUCAGAUUCAGAAAAUUGUUGAUAUCGGUGUCUUCGAGUGUUGUUCUUGUUCACUCUGUCUAGAAGUUGUGAAAGCUAGACCAUCAAUUCAAUUAAUUUAUCUUGUGAUGUCUUCGACUAAAAUAGUUGUAGUUGGAGAAAGUGGCGUCGGAAAAACUUCAUUCGUCAAUGCUGUUUGUGGAAAACCCAGUGCUGACAGCCCCAGUACAAUUGGUGCUUCCAUAUCAAUGGCGUGGCAUGAGUACAAGGCAGGCACUUCCGAGCAACGAUCCGAACUGAUGGAACUUUGGGAUAUUGGAGGUUCAGGUGCGCAUCGUGCCGCUUCAGCAGUCUUUCUGGAUGGAGCUGCAGGUGUGAUUUUGGUGCACGAUUUGAGCAACAAGAAAAGUGAAGAGUGGCUUACAUUGAUAGAUGGGAAGCCUCGUUCCAUGGGCUCUUCAGCAUCUCGUUCCUUAUUAGCUGAUAUAGAGUCUUGUCACAUUCCAAUCCUCACUGUAGGGUGUAAGUUGGAUUUGGCUCCGCACAGGGGACCCUCUGCCUAUGACAGAAUGAACAUCAAUUGUCUUCGGCCUAUCCCUCCUGGCUCCACUGCAAGUAUGGCGUUGGCACGCGACGGCCAGGAAAAUGAGGAUGAUUUCUGGCGAACGACAUGGACAGACUACCAGACGAUGACUAAGGCAAUGCUUAACAUAGCGGUGCUAGAAUUGUGAGA